UUGUUUUUCCUAUACAAUUAUUUAAAAUGGGCUGUUGUGCUUCCGUAGAAGAAAGUGAUAGCGUUGGAAAAUUACGUAAUGAGGAAAUCGAUGGCCAACUUCGUAUGGAAAAAUUAAGCGGUCGUAAUGAAGUCAAACUUUUAUUAUUGGGAACGGGAGAAAGUGGAAAGUCAACGUUGUUGAAGCAGAUGAAGCUCAUUUACGAUGGAGGGUUCACGCCAGAGGAACGAGAAGCAUACAAAGAAGUUAUUUUUAGCAAUUCAAUUCAGUCCAUUCAUGUCUUAUUGGAAGCGAUGGAGAAUCUCGGUAUUUCCUUAGGCGACAGUGGUAACCAAGGUUACCAUGACUUUAUUAUGGAUCAACAUCAACAAAUGGAUCAUUUUAGUAUGCCAGCUGAAGUGACAAGAGCUAUUAAGGCAUUAUGGUUAGAUUCGGGCGUAAAAGAGACAUACAGUAGAAACAACGAGUUUCAAUUAAAUGACUCUGCUUCAUAUUACUUUGAUUCGAUUGAUCGUAUAGGUGCCCCAAAUUUUUUGCCUACCGAUCAAGAUGUAUUACGUUCACGUGUCAAGACAACGGGUAUUGCUGAAAGCAAGUUUAGUUUUGGCACGUUGACAUAUAGAAUCUUUGAUGUGGGAGGUCAACGAUCUGAAAGAAAAAAGUGGAUCCAUUGCUUUGAAGACGUCACUGCCAUCAUCUUUUUGGUGGCCAUUUCCGAAUACGAUCAAGUCUUGAUUGAAGAUGAGUCGGUCAACAGAAUGCAAGAAGCCUUAACCUUAUUCGACUCUAUUUGUAAUUCUAGAUGGUUCGAGAGAACAUCCACCAUUCUCUUCUUGAACAAGAUUGAUUUAUUCCAACAGAAACUCCCAUCCAGUCCCUUGGAGGAUUAUUUCCCGGAUUACAAAGGCGGUGAUUCUUAUGAAGCUGCUAGCCAAUAUAUCACACAAAGAUUUGUUUCUUUAAAUUCGUCUGUUGAAAAACAGGUCUAUACUCAUUUGACUUGUGCGACUGACACUGAACAAGUGAGAUUCGUCAUGACUGCUGUCAAUGAUAUUAUUCUUCAGUCCAACUUGCGAGAUGUUGGCUUAAUUUAAUAUACCUCGUCCUUCUUUUUUUUUUGUAUUCCAUUUCUUUAUUAACUUUAUCACACUCCUCCUUUUAUACACUAUAUAUUUAUAUGCCCACUUUAUUCUUCUUUUAUACAUUUUCACACCCCACCAUUUUAGCGGCCAAUCAAAAAAAAAAAUAUUUAAUUUGGCAAUAAAAAAACGCUAAUCCUGUUUGCUCAUUUUUGCCACCAAAAGAUUAAGUGAACAGUGAUUAUUUUACGCUU